GAAGUGAAGACGAAGAAGAAAGCAAGAACACUCAUUUCAACUCAUUCGAUAAUGCGCCAUCAGUGUCUCUAGUUUGGAAAAAAGGCAAAAAAAUAAUACUGCACAGUGCUAGCAUCUAUAUAUCAAAGUAAACUGGUGCAUCUUUGAUAGCGAAAAUACUAUUUUAAAAAGUAUUUUCGGUUUUAAUAGAUAAAUUAAUAGUUUGUGUGUGUGUGUGUGUGAAAUUUACAGUGCGUAAACAUUAAUAAUCCCUUAUUUGAGAUAUUCUGUGAAUUAAUAUAUUUAAAGUAAAUGAUAAAAAAAAGUUUAAAUUCAUAAAAAAAAAUCCCUGACCUUCGAAUUUAAAUAAUUUCAUAGAGUAUUUCAAAAACUUUAAGCAAUAAUGACCGACAAAAAAGCAUAUCCCGUGGCUCCUCAUCCACCAACUGGAUUUGUUCCCGCACCAGCACAAGCUGCUACUUAUGGAGUUGCAGGAACUUCACCGUACGGUGUCUUUCCAAAUCAACCACAGCUCUAUGCGACACAAGGGCCACCUCCUCCGACAUAUGAUCAAACGUUGACGCAUCCAAUGAUGUAUCAACCAAUGUAUGGACAAGGAUAUCCGGGAGGAUAUUUGGCAGGUUAUCCAACAGCUUAUGGACCUCUCCAGUAUUAUCCACCAUUGGCAGCUGCAGCUGCUUAUUAUCCAGCUGCUGCAAUGCAACCAGCACCAGUUAGGCCAACUAUGUUAGUUCCUAAUGGCUUUGAUGGCGGGCGAUUUGAUGGUAUUUCACAACAAGUUUUACCACCACCACCACCAGGAGUUGCUGCAAAUGCAGCUCAAUUGGCAGCUAUGGCAGGGCAUAGUGUCGCUCUAUCACAAAAGAAAGGUUCAUUUUUAGGCGGUGGAACGGAAGGUGGUUAUACUUUUUGGUAAACUAUAAGGUUGCUUUUAAAUGGUCAACGGAUAGGCCAUAAAAAUAAAGUAAUGAAUGAAUAAUAAAUUAAUAACAUAACAGAUAUGUGACGAUAAAUUACUCCAUGCUGAAUCUAACUGGCGAUAUUAUUUUCAAACGUAUAGUCAGGCAAAUAUUUUACAAUGUUUACAAUUUAUUUUUUUUUUUAUUUAUUUAAAAACAAUAAAAUUAAUUGAUAAAUAACAGGCUUAUAAUUCUUGCUAGAAAUAUCUUUAGGACUUUUAUUUUCUAAGAAAAUUUAAGUAUUUAUUAGUCUUAUAAAUAAAUUCAAUAAACCGUAAUAGAUAAAAUAAUAAUAAAUUUAUUUGCCUACAAGAAUCAAUUAUUUAAUUUUAAAAUUCACAAAAAUGCAUGUAAUUAUUCAGUGGCUAUAAGAAAGUCAUUUAAGAUAAACAUACUUUGAUUUAUAAAAAAAGCAAGGGAAAAAAAAUAAUUAUAAUAAGCAAUUAUAAAAAAAAAAUGUGGAAUGUUUGCUAUUAUUAUUUUUUUUUUUUUUUUUGACGAUUUCCCCACAUAAAUUGCGAUAAUGGUACGUGAGAAAAAGGUAGAAACAAAAAAUGGUGAAACAAUUAAUUGAAUCUCACAUUUAAAAAAAUGCACGAAAAUAAAAAAAAAACAAGUUUCGAAACAAAGAAAUGAACGGGAAGAAUAAAAGUUUGAAAAAUUAAAUCAAUUCUAUUAAAAAAAUAAAAUGAUAUAAGAAUUAAAUUGAAUUUAUUUUAAACGAUAGAUACUUGAAACAAAUUAUUAUUUUUUUAAAAUUAAAAACUAAAAAUAAUGCAACGAUAUAAAUGUAUUUUGGUGCCAAAUAAAAUUUAAAUCGUUGAAAAUUCCCGGUCGUUUCUCGUUAUGUGUACUUUUGUGCAAUUAGAAUCAUGAAAAUAACUACGCAGUUUAAAGCUGAAAUUUAGUCAUUCCUUAAUUGAAUUAUUUUUUCGACUAUUAUUAAGUAGAGAGACUUAAAAAAUGCGAAUGAAAAUUGCUAAAAAUAUUUUUAAAUAUCUCAUUAAAAUGAACAAAAAAGGUUUACUCAAAACAAAAAAAAAUUCAUGAAACCACUUUAGUUUCUUCAUUAAUAUCAAUUUCGAGAAAAGAAAAUAUUUUUAGCAAUUUUCUAGUGAUUCUAUCGAUAUUAGAUAAUAUUUAACUAUAAUAGUACUUAUGAUUGUAAAAAAAGAAAUUUUAAUGUUAAAUUUUCUUUUUUUAUAAUCGUUAAGUAUUUAUAUUGUUUAAGUAAUCUAUUGAUGCAAGCUAGUUAAACAAAUUUUGAUAUAGAAAAAAAAUUUUAACAAUUUUUAUCAUUAAUGUAUUUUGACCGCCAUUUAAAUAAUUAAAAAUUUUUCAUGUCAUUAAAAGUUUUUCAUUCUACUCAAACGUGAUAAAAAAUUUAAUUUAUACGAUUCAUAUCGCUACGCUAUCCCUAGCGGAUCUGAAUCACGGAAAAUUACUGUAUUUUACUGCAAAUUUGUCACAUUUUACGGUAAUUUGCGGGAACAAUGCGGUAAUUUGCGCCAGAAUACAGCAAUUUACCGCAUCUUAGGGCAUUUUUUCAUAACAUAGUGAAAUACUUCACUUUACGGUAAAAUGCCGUAAUUUUGCAGUAAAUCUGCACGUUUGCGGUGAAAUACUACAAUGCUGCCGCAAAUUUACGAUAAAAUACCGCACUUUUGCCGAAAAAUACCGUAACUUGCCGCAAUUCUCUCAACUGCCGUAAAUUACGAUAAUUUAUCGUUAUCCGGAUUCGCCAGGGAUAUUUUAACAUUUCAUAGAUAAAAAAAAUAAAACUAAAAACAAUAUUUUUGAGUUACAAACAUUAAUUCAAAUAUAAUCGUACAAACAUAAACAUUCAUUUAAAAAUUAAAAUAACGUGAUAUUACGGUAACUAGUCAAAAUAUUCUAAUUCAUUAUAGCCGUGCAAUUCAUGAUAAAAAUAAAUGUUUAACAAACAUUACUGACAUAAAUAGUAAGUAUUUUAUAUCAUACUAUCAUAUAUAACGUAGUUUAUAAAAUUUGAAAGAAAUAUUGAUUCCGUGAAGGCUUGAUUUGUAUUUUUGAGAAUAUUUUGACUGAUAACCAAUGUAAAAUCGUCGUUUUCAGUAGCAAAUCGUCUAACUCUACAUUUUAAAAGCAAUUAAUAUUUUGCAUUUCUGUUGACAAUCGUCGUAAUACAUAUUAUCUAUACUUGAUUCAAAUUUAUAUCAAAUUUUCAAAUUAUGAAAGGUGGGCCAAAUCGCCUAUUUCCAACAAACAAAAAUCUGACGAAACCAGAACUUAACCGAAAUGAAAGAUAAGACAAAAUUUUUUUCAUGCGCAUGAUAAAGGAGAACAUUGAAAUGAAAACAUUUACAUACUGCGCAUAUUAAUUUUUUUUUUUAAGGAGGGUUUAUAGUAAUUUUUGUCCAAGCUUUUCUUUCAAACAAUACUUUUACAUGCAAAACUAAGAACAAGGAUCCAUGUAUUACACUAUAAUCUAGCAAUCUACGUUUUAAUUUUUCAAAAAUAUUCAUUUGCUUAAGAGAAAAACGUGGAAAAAGUUUGACUUUACUGCACAAGUGCAAUAAGAAUAGUACCGCUCGCCGACUUGAGCGUGAUAGAGAAAAAUUUGAGACUCCUUAAAUUGAAAACUUGCAUUUUCAAUGCUUUAGCUCUCCUGUAAAAUUUACAGAAAUGAAGUUAGACGAUUUGCUAAUAAAAACGACGACAUGUAAUUUUAAUUUUUGAACCCUAGUCCGAAAGUUGAACUAAGACUAUUUUACAUUUUAUUAAUUUAUUUAUAAAAAAAGUUGUCUCUUUUCAGUUGAUCAAAAACAUUGAUUCAAAACAAAAAUAGUAUAUCGAGGGGCAAGGGAUGAAACAAUAUGAAUGCAGGUCAGGUUGAAAUUGUCUGCCUCAGCUGAACGAUGGCUGAAAUCAUCCAUAUCUGCAUUCAUGUUUCAUUCUGUGUCACUCAUAUUUUUUCAUAACAUCUGCUCGAAUCUUUAAGUUUCAAUACUUGAGGUCAGUUAUAACAAAUUAGUUUUGGGUAGUUGGUCGGCUGCUCAAUUUCAAAACACAAGAACUGAUAAAAAUAACAAUUUUGAAAUACAUAUUGAAUCAUGUCCACAAGACUCCACUGAAACUAAAAAUAUUAAUAAAUCGAUUUUGAAAAAUUUGCCCCUUACUGUAUUUUGAAAUUGGGUAGCCUUGGUGUAGGAAGCUAUUAGCGUAUGUUUAAAUCACGAAUUACUAUCAAGAUAAAUUUUAUUUAUUUAUUAACAAAAGAUUUUAAUUAUUUUAACAUUUAAAAUAUUGGAAAGUCAAAAAUUUGUAACAAACGAUAUGCCAAAAAGAUUGAAAUGAAUAUGAAUUAGCGUUAGUGGGCUGAAACCAAAAUCUCUCUCAUCCCGUUAAUUGCUUGAAUUAGCGACAAGUAUACGUCACAGUUUGUCAUGGCAUUAGCUUGAAAUUCGUUUGUUUCCACUGGCUAAACAAAUGUCGGAAGUUGAAGUUUCAGAGUAGAUGUUUUAAAAAUUAUAUUUUUUAAUCACGUGUGUAUUUACUAGAAAAAAAAAAAAUAAAAAAAAAAACUUGUAAUGUAAUGUAUAUUUAUUGUAGACCUUGUUUUAUAUUUUUGAAUUAUACUGGAUAAAAAAAAAAUUUCUAAAAAUUUUAAUUUAAAUUAAAAAAAAAAAAACUAUCUUCAUCACGGUUGUAAUUUUACAUUUCUAUGGUAUUAUAGCCAUUCAUGUAAUUUUAGAAAAAAAAAAUUAAUGAAACUUUUUAUAAUUCAAGAUCAGUAAUGUUAAGAUAAGCAAAACAUCAAGUUUUACAAUAUUUAUUUGCAAAAAAUAAAAGGAAAAAACUAAAAUCCUAGGUGUCACGUUUGAGAUUUUUUAAAUUUUAUUUGUUAAUAAUGAAUUUGUAUUUUUUCAGUAUUGAUUUUUUACAUUGUAAAAAAUAUGAAGAUCAAAAUUGUUUAAGAAAACAGAAAAAUUUUAAUCUUUAAUUUUGAUUUUAUAGUAGUUUUUUAUUAUUUUGAUAAAAGAAUGACGGAAUAAGAAAAGUCGAGUGAUAACAUUGGGCAGGUUUUAUAUUAUGAAUUUGAAAAACAAAAUAAAGCGGAAGCGUGUGCAAUAAGUGUGAAUUUUGAAAUACUGUAUCAAAAAUGAUGUUACUGUGCGAGAGUAUGAAAAGUAAAAUGUAAACUGAUUCAAUAUAUGAAUCUGCCAAUGACCAGUUAAUAAAUACCGUGACCAUGCAA